ACAUCAGAAAUUCGCGUGUUUAUAAUUCAUUCUGUUUACCUCCUAUAUUAUACAAACGACAAAAGAAGACUCAGUGCAAGCCUCAUAUUCAUUUGGGUCUGUUUAGUUACAAUGAAUCGUGUCUUCAUGUACGGUACGCUAAAACAGGGGCAACCCUUGCAUUACGUGCUUUCCGAAGUUGGACAAGACCGGUAUAAAUAUGUCGGAAAGGGCUACACAAGCACCAAGUGGCCCCUCGUCAUUUCUUCAGAGCACAAUAUCCCAUAUCUAUUGGACAAGGAGGGCGACGGAUACAACAUCAAAGGCGAAGUUUACGACGUGGACGACGAUCUGUUAGCGCAUUUGGACCAAUUUGAAUGCUACCCCGACGUGUACGGCCGUCGCAAGGUUGAAAUAAUCAUGACAACCGUGGAGACGGAUUCGACCACCGAUUCGAAUACCAAUUCAAAAACCGACUCGGAGACCGACACUCGACUAGACCAAGAGAGGACGACAAUGGAAUGUUGGAUGUAUUAUCUAUCCGAGCCUAGUCCUACACUUCUGGAGCUGGAAGCGAUGGAAGAAUAUGACAGUUAUGGCUCCCACGGCAAACCGUAUAAACCUAUAUAUGUCCCGGACAAGGGCUGGAUAGGAGAACUAACAAAGCCGUCAUCAUAAACAACAUCUUUGAAACUUCAUAAGAAUUUCAAAAAUACUUUCCUGCCUGAAUAGGACAGAAUGAUGAAAACAAGGAGACUGAACUUUUACAAAUUCAUGAUAGAUAAUUAUACAUGCUGUAUACACGUCUUCUGUAGUAGAGUUUAUAUUUAUAGGGAUAGUCGACUUUAAGAUGUCCCCUUCUCUCUUUUUUUAAAAACAAUAUCAAAAUGUAUACUUUUUGUGAAAUAAAAGGGGUUAAGGUUUUUUUUAAGGGUAUGUUUUUAAUACAAUGUGGAAAUAAAACUUGAACUUGAUGUAAAAGUAUUCUGUUCCCUCAAAUUUCCUCCAUAUUUCCGACGAUUUUUCUUUUCUCACACAAAUAUGAAACCAGUGCUGAAACACCCACACAUCCAUCCAAAUACUUUCGCUGAACGCCCAAACCAGGGCUUCCGCUUUUCUUUUUUCAAAAGAAAAAUAGGAAAAAGUUUUUUAAGGAAUUUGAAACUAAAGAAAAAUUAACGGUAAGGAAAAUCGAAAUUAAGGAAAAUCAAAAUGAAUUUAAAGAAAAGGUGAAAAUUGUCUCAUUUGUGUUACCCACUUCUCUGAAUCAAGUGUAAACAUUUUUUUUUCGUCACGCGUGCUCAAAAAAUUUGAACUAAAAGUUCAUAUUCUUUUAAUGAAAGAAAAACAACAACAAAAGCAUGUAAGAGGCAUUUUGGACAAAUUAAAGAAAAUCUAUUGAAUUCCAGGAAAUCAUUCUGUUCUUUGGCAUCGACCCAAACAGACACACAUAACCACCCACUCACCCACACACAAGCCUGCAUCCCCACAUCGAACAAUUAUGUCUUUAGUUCACAAAGAUUCAUAUUGGCCACAAAUUGCAAGAUACAUGUUAUUUUUUAUAGAUAAAUCUGAUUUCCAAAUUUAUUGGUGCAUUUAUACAAACACAUGAUCACUUUUCCAUCAUUAAAUAUAUAAAGAAGCACUUUUUUCCAAUGUGUAA